GAAGGUCCUGGAGCGGCGGUGCUGCAAACGCGUAGAAGAAGAGCUGGACCGUUUGUUGUGGCGGACAGGUCUCUGCUGCGUAGGACUCACCUGGACGGCGUGCGCGACCACAGCCAGGUGAGACAACAUUUGAUAGAGAAGUUACAGAGUCCGCUCUUACUAAGCUAACCGUGCUAACAGGCGGACUGUGUCAGUCAAUCACAUUGAGCAGGGGUGUAGCUUCAUGCUAACCAAUGCUAAAUAAACCCACACUGGUCCUGAUCCGGGUUUUAUCUGGGCCGGGUCUCUGUGGUGUAGUAACCUGGUUUAGUGACACCUAGCCCGGGUUUAUCCGGGUUUGAUCCGGAUCAGAAUUUCAUGUCAAGGCUUGUGUGUAGACUAAUGUUUUGAUAGACUUCCGGUUGACCUAUUUUCGGACCACGCUGAUCAUCUGACCUGGACGUUCAUCGGCUAAUGUCCAUAGACUACAUACUGUACUAUACUAUACUAUACUAUGUCUAUGCUGAUGUCAUCCUGUCUUUAAUGGGAUCAUUUCGGUGCAGCGUGUUCAGUCAAAGUUAAAGAGCCUGUUGUCAGCUAUGGUUCUUAGGGGGUAUGGAGUUAAAUCGGGCUUUGUCUGCAGGUCUGUUUUAAGUGAAGCUGUGAAGUUUGGUUGGUAGAUUUAACUACAACUUUGUACUGAUUUCCGGAUUGUUUUUAUUUUUAUUACCACAGUUGGACCCAAACGCCUCUAAAUCAAUUAACUCACCUGUCUCAGGUAAUCUGUGUCCAUCAGAUCAACUGCAAAAAAGCCAAUUUUUUUCUUCGAUAACACAAUGGGCGUGAAAAGAAUAUUCUGGCGUAAAAUGGAGUUAGGGUCAAACACACCGUAUCACCGAGAGAGAUGAAUGUUGCCGACCGCUUGCUUCUCUAGUUAUAACAACUUUAGUAAUGAUCACAGGAUAGCAAUACACAGCUGUCUUCGUCUCCACACACAAACCACAACCAAAACGCCACUCUAUAGCCACAAAUGAUGCUUAGAACAGCACCUAACUUCAUCAACAGUACAUAAAACAGUACCCAGCCAUAGUACUGGCCACCAAACAUCUUUUUAACUUUGCCUGAUUUCUGUAGCAAAGAGACUAAACACAACUCACCCACUCUCUUCCAGCAGCUGUUUGUUUGUUGCCAGAUCUCAGGCCAGUCCAUUACGGACUACAGCGGGGUUACACAGCUCAAGGAAGAACAUUUAUGAUCAUUACUUUAUAAUUACCUUGAAGUAAUAAUCAUCAUAUUAAUCAUUUUGCACUGCAGGCGUAGUAGUUCUUCUGCCUUAGUGUCUCAGUCUGAUUGCAUUUCCAUGAAGAAAUGAUCAUAAAUGUUCUUCCUUGAGCUGCGUCACCCCACUGUAGUCCGUAAUGGACUGGUCGAAGGUCUCGCUACAAAUAAGUGGCUGCUGGAAGAGAGUUGGUGAGUUGUGUUUAGUCUCUUUGCUAAAGAAGAUGUUUGGUGGCUAGUGCUGUGGCUGGGACCCUAUAUGUACUGUUGAUGAAGUUAGUUUCUGUGUUGAGCAUUAUUUGUGGUUAUACAAUGAAUUAUUGGUUGAGCGCGUGGCUCUCUGUAUUGCUAUCCUACGGUUGUUACUAAAGUUGGUAUAACUAGAGAAGCAAGCGCUCGGCAACAAUAAUCUCUAAAGGGGGUGUUUAACUCGGUGUUACGGUGUGUUUGGCCCUAAAUUAAUUUUACACCAGAAUAUCACUUUUAACAACCUAAUUUGACCGUUCUGUUAGUUUUAUCAGUUCUAAUGAUGUCCAGCAAAGUCCACUUGCUUCGUUUGGCCAGCAGCUUCUUGCGUCUGUGAUCAGGGGUGUUUGUGUCUCCAACAGGAACGCACGCUUACCUGCCACUGAGGUCAAAGGUGGUCUCCUUCCCCUCUAGCAUCAUGGCUCUGAUCUCUCUGGAAGACCUUGAUGGAUUGGAUGAUGAGCAACUGGAUGAUGACAUCACAGACAACCCAGAGCCAAUGGAGGAUGAUGACAACCUACUGAGACACUGGCAGGCUGUCGCCAGCACACAUCAGGUGUCUGUACCUGCAGGUGAGGGGGGCUGGGCAAGCACACAAUGUGAUCAGAAUGUGCCGCUGAUCUGUAGAUCUAGAAUCUUCAGCUCAGCUCUGUGAAGGUUAAUAACACGGAUGGAGUCCUCUGAUGAAGACUGAACUAAGCUCUGUGUGUGUGUUCUUGUCAGACAUGACUGGCCCCAUCCAUGAAAUGGCCAGAAACAGCCAACAGAGGGAGCAGAUUCCCUUCGCUCAAGUGUCCCGCCAUGAAAAGGUGAGCGCGUAUGUGUUUUUUAUGCAGCUGGUGUUUGUUUAGUUUUGCUAGUUGGUUGACAAAUGCUGCUGCUGUGUAAAUCUGUAACACAGGGAGACAAAAAAAAAAGGUCAGAGCCCCUUAAAUUUUCACAGAAUGUUCUAAAGCCUGACCCUGGCCUUUGACCCUGAGCUUAGGUGAUAAACUGAACAGAUGUUGAAGUUCAUCAGCAGGUUUCUCUUUCUGAGACAUCAAACUCAAACCUGACUGACCUUAAACAGUCCUGAUGGUCUGAGAACUGACAUCACCAAUUUCCUCCUCCCCCUUGUUUCACUCAGAUGGGGGAACUGCAGUACGAGGAGCGGGCGUAUCCUGCAGGUAACUGGGCAUGCGUGACAAGUGGGGAGAAGCUUUAUGAGCAGAGCAUCUCCAUGGGCUUCAUGAAGCUGAUGAGGUUUAUCUGCAAGGAUAAUUCCAAGGGUAAGACCCCACUGACUCUCACAGACCGCAUGGACUAACUCAACCUCCACAGAAUCAGACCUCUGCGUGUGUUUUGAUCACCUGACCAGCAUCGGUAACCUCAGGUGUGUUCAUCAGGCAGGUACUUGGGGAUGACGGUCCCUGUAGUCAGUCACAUCCGGAUGAUGGAGGACGGAAAAGCAUUUGAGAAAGACAUCUUGACAGCGUUCUUCCUCCCUGCUGAGUUCCAGUCUGACCCUCCUCUCCCCUCCGACCCCGACAUCACCAUCGUUCGCCGAGAACCAUUCAGGGUCAUCACCAGGUGAGCAUGACACCAUCAGCAUAAAGACACUAACACUUAGACACCCUGACUGUCCCUGAACACAAUAUAAAUAUUGUUCUGCUCUCUGAUUGGGUUACAGGCCCUUCUUUGGCACGACCACGGAAGAAACGGUGUCACGUCAGAUCGAGACGCUGUGGGAGAUUCUGGGCAUGAACGAUGACCUGCGCAGAGAGGACUACAUGGUGGCGGCGUAUGAGAAUCCGAGUGUUCCUUGCCGCCGCAAUGAGAUCUGGUUCAUCAGACGCCAGUUGUAGACGCAUUCCUAUUAUGCUCUGCUUCACGUUUAAAAUAUGAAGCAGAGCAUUGGCUGCUUGGUACCUGCUCAGUUACACAUCUUCAGCAUGAAAAACAGAUCAUUUACAACAAACCCUGACUUUAAGCUUCGCCUACUGUAUUCACUCGCCAUAGCAGUCUGUCUUUGCUCCGUCCAAUCAGGUGUUUCUGUGGGUGACCAGGUGUGGUUACAUUACUGACCCCGUGAAGUCUGCUGGUGUCUGCAGGUGAAUGAAGGGAACAGUAAACAUUAAGACAGUUUACCUGACAGGAACACCUGAAGACCGUGCAGCAGAGUGAGGUCAUCACCCCUCAGCUGUGUGUACUUAACUUUUCUGUCUACCUGUUGAUUUAACCUGAUAAUCUGCAGAGCCACUGUGAGAGAGACUGAGUUGGUUUAUUGGUGCUCCACGCUGCAUUAUUCAGAACAGGCUAAUCGAAGAACACCAGAGGAUCAGUGCUCAGAGCUGCACCGCUCAAAUGCUACAAUCUGAGACCCUCUGACCUCUGAACACAGGCAUUAACCAACACACUAUCACAUGACUGGAGUGUUGUUAUUCAAUGAACCUCAAACAGAACAGCUGGUGAUAAACAUUGUUGACAUUUCCUGCUUUGUAGAAGGGAGUUAGAGAUACCAACCCAAGCUGGGUGUUUUUAAGAUUGAAAUCUGUUGUGUAAAUGGUCAUAUCCUUUCUGCGGGAUCACGUGACUCUUGAAGGGAAUAAAAGCAGGUGCCCUGCACCUCACUUAGCGCCCAGAUUGUGCACCAGCAACUCUCUGAUUCACUACAGGCAGCAUUUAAAGAGAGCCCUUUAUUUCCCUCAGUUCAUCAGUCAGACCUAUCCGUUAUAGAUCCUGUUUAUCAGAAACAAACCGGACAUAUCCGUUGUUGAGAUCUGUUCUUGUGGACUUUUUCAGACAUAUGUCAGCUGCAGCCCCAUAAGAUAAAAACAGGUUUUUAGGUUAAAGCUCAGUGAUCUCAGCUCUGAUCGGUCAGUGGGUGGUGUUUUUUAGUAGACGAUCUAAUGUUGCAUUCAUGACCUCCUCCGAAACAUAGACAUUAUUCUAAGUACUCUAUGUUCAUGCGGUUUCCAGUCAAAGUCGGCAUUAAUAUCAGCUGAGGUAGAGUCCUUAGAAACACUAAAACACUGUUUGUUUGUUGGUGUAAGAUACCACAUUAAUGUUAAUAAGUCCAGGUUUCUAUGCUGGCAAUAACUAAAAAAUUAAACUGUGUGACUUUAUUUAUUUGGACAAAAAGGCAUUGUGUGAAUCAUAAAAAGUUUUAACUCAGAAACUCAAUUUUACUAUAAGCCUGACAGCUCAUGAAUGCAGUAUCUGAUCCAGAAGCAGGUCAGAUUUAAUGAGAUGAGUCACCUUUUACAGCACUUCAAACCUUAAGUUUGCAUCACACCUGUCCUGGAGUGUUCAGGUGUUCCUGAUGAAUAGGUAAAACAGAAACCUGCAGUGUCUGCUUUAAACCCUCUUCGUGUCUGCUGUAAAUAUGAAGCUACUUAGCUUAGCUUGGUUAGCUUAGCAUGUAUAAAGUUGGAGAUAUGACCAGCCUCAGCAACAAGAUGUUGCCCGAUAAAUCUGUCCUGAUGGAGUUUAGGGAUCCAAGUUAGUUUUUUUACAAGUGACUUUGUGACUUAGGUUUUCUUAUGUAGAUUUAAUAUCAGGUUUGAUUGACAGGUGAGGCAGUUUGUCCCGCCCCUGAGUAUUUUAUUUACAGCAUGAUUAUUUUGAUGGUUGGGUGUUAUUUCCUUCUUCAAGAUGUUUGGUGUAACCACAGUUUAAACAGGUGUGUCAGAUGAAGCUGCAUGUUUUAUUUGUUCACUGUUUUUUGUUAAUUUCUUGUGUCAAAAAAGACAAAAAUAAAUUCUUAUUUCAGACAAAGUGUGUG